UUCACGGUCCUGGCGCCCAGUGCAUGCAGAGCAGCUCUCUCUUACCCAGUGCAUGCAGAGCAGCUUUCUCCUAGCCAGGUGCACGCAGAGCAACUCUCCCCUACAUAGUGCAUGCAGAGCAAUUUUCUCCUAUCUAUUGCAUGCAGAGCAGCUUUCUUACACAGUGAAUGCAACCAACCCCAGAUUGCCCCUUGCUUUGCCCCGUGCAUGUAGCCAACUCCAGAUUGCCCCUGUGCAUGCAGCCAACUCCAGAUUGCCCCUGUGCAUGCAGCCAACUCCAGAUUGUCCCUUGCUUUGCCCCGUGCAUGCAGCCAACUCCAGAUUGCCCCUUGCUUUGCCCCUGUGCAUGCAGCCAACUCCAGAUUGCCCCUUGCUCUGCCCCUGUUCAUGCAGCCAGACCCAGAUUGCACCUGUGCAUGCAGCCAGCCCCAGGCUGCUCCUUGCUGUCUCCCCAGUGCAUGCAGCCAGACCCGGAGUGCCCUUGCCCUUGUGCCCGGGAUGCUGUGGCUGAGCAUGGCAUAGUCCGCCGGGGACAUGAGUUUUCACAAGGAGGACGGGGUCAGCCUGUGCCAGAAAGCGCUGCACUUAGUGUCCGAGCUCUGCCGAGGGGGGCAGGUGGAUUGGGACAAGUGCACUGGGAUCUUCCCCAGGACCAGCCAGGGUGCAGGGAGCACAGAUAUAUCAGUCAGUCUUCUUGCCGUGGUAGUUAGUUUCUGUGGCAUUGCUUUGCUCAUCGUCUCCCUCUUCGUCUUCUGGAAGCUUUGUUGGCCAUGUUGGAGGAGAAAGCCGGUGACAUGCACCACGCACUUGGUCCCACCUUGCAUCCCUAGCGCACCUCCAGAAGUUGUGGAGACUAAUGAGAAAAAGGAUAUUAAACAGAACGGGAAACACUGUGUGAAAGUCAUGGAAGCCGCCAUGAAAAUCAGUCACACGUCGCCCGAUAUACCUGCUGAAGUCCAAAACGCGUUGAAGGAGCAUUUGAUAAAACAUGCACGGGUUCAAAGACAGACCACUGAGCCAACCUCUUCCUCAAGGCACAAUUCAUUCAGAAGGCAUUUACCCCGGCAAAUGCAAGUCUCCAGUGUGGAUUUUAGCAUGGGAGUGGAACCAUUACAGCGCCGGGAGACAACCACGAGCAUUGGACGUAUAAAACCUGAACUCUAUAAGCAGAAAUCGGUUGACUCUGAUGACAACAAAAAAGAUGUAAAGAUCUGCGGAAAGCUAAACUUUACACUCCUUUAUGACUAUGAAAAUGAACUUCUAGUGGUCAAAAUCCUAAAAGCGUUUGACCUACCAGCUAAGGACUUAUGUGGGACCUCCGAUCCCUAUGUGAAAAUCUAUCUCCUGCCUGACAGGAAAAAGAAAUUUCAGACUCGCGUGCACAGGAAGACACUAAACCCUGUGUUUGAGGAAACCUUUCAGUUCCCUGUUGCCUAUGAUCAGCUCAGCAGUAGGAAACUGCAUUUCAGUGUGUACGAUUUUGACCGAUUCUCUAGACAUGACAUGAUUGGGGAAGUGAUUGUUGAUAACUUGUUUGAAGUCUCAGACCUCUCCAGAGAAGCCACAGUGUGGAAGGACAUCCACUGUGCCACAUCAGAAAGUGUAGACCUUGGUGAGAUAAUGUAUUCCCUGUGCUACCUACCCACGGCAGGAAGGAUGACCUUAACGGUCAUCAAAUGUAGAAAUCUGAAGGCCAUGGACAUCACGGGUUCCUCCGAUCCCUACGUCAAGGUAUCUCUCAUGUGCGAAGGUCGGAGACUGAAAAAGCGAAAAACCACUACAAAAAAGAAUACUUUAAAUCCAGUCUAUAACGAGGCCAUCAUAUUUGAUAUCCCUCCAGAAAACAUGGACCAAGUCAGUCUCUCCAUCGCCGUGAUGGAUUAUGAUAGGGUUGGACACAAUGAGGUAAUUGGAGUCUGCAGAACUGGAUUGGAUGCUGAAGGGCUCGGUCGAGACCACUGGAACGAAAUGUUAGCUUAUCCACGAAAACCGAUUACUCACUGGCAUGGAUUGGUAGAGCAGCCUGGCCGGGCAACCAGCUUUGAUAGUCAAGGAUCGUGCUCUUCACCUAAGCCCCCUCCUAGCCCAUAGACACAUCAUACUGGGUUAUUCUCUUGGUCUUACAAGGCAAGUUCAUGCCGAAACUGAAUAUGUCCAUUAAAGAGGAGCUGGUGGGUUUAUCAACCAACUGAUAUUAGUUCCUUGUGCAGUGUAACAUUCACAUUGUCAUUAGACAAAAAUACCGCAGAUACACGGAUUGAUAAAUCUAGACAAAGGAAGAGCCGAUGGCAUGGAGUAGAAUUCUUCACAAGAAGUGAGAGAUUAUUUAUGGUUAUUAAACCUGUAGACCAUAAAAUGUUUCCUUC